UUCUAUUUACUAUUCCAUUCCAAACAGAAAGAACUUUUCUUGCUCCGUUGGUUCUAGUUUGGCUGCGUGUGUUUGAUAUAUUCCUCCUCCUCCUUGACCCCUACAUGCUAAUCUAGUUUGAAAAUUAAAAUGUCUCCAGCAGGAAACUUCCACCGCAAACUUCCAAGCACAAAACCAAUUGUGACAACUUGGUCGAUUCAAACCAUAGCCUAUGCACUUGCCUGCUCUAUAAAACAAACGCGAUCAAACCCUGACAAAAUCAGAGCAGCAAUAAUGGGUAUCCCAAAGUUCAUGCCUUUUGUAAUCUUCCUCACAAUUCUACUUCAAAAUUGUGAAGCAAACACGUUUCCUUCUGUUCAUCCACCACACAAAGGGAUCAGAGCAGCAUAUUGGCCAUCGUUUAACACAUUCCCAGCUUCCUCUAUAGACACCUCCUACUUCACCCACAUCUACUAUGCCUUCCUCUUACCCGAACCCACCACUUACAAACUCAACCUCACCCAAUUCGACCAAAAAACAAUACCCAAAUUCAUCGGAGCGCUCCGUACCCGAAACCCGCCCGUCAAAACCCUUCUCUCCAUCGGCGGCGGAGGUAACAAUGCAACAGUAUUUUCACUCAUGGCUAGCACCCAGCUGACCCGGAAAGCCUUCAUCAGUUCCUCCAUUGAAGUGGCUCGAAAAUUCGGGUUCCAAGGCCUCGACUUGGACUGGGAAUUCCCAGCUGAUGCUGUGGACAUGUCAAAUCUUGCCUUGCUGUACAAGGAAUGGAGGACGGCUCUUGACAAUGAAGCUAGAAUUAACGGUAAACCGCGUUUACUUUUAACCUCCGCGGUAUAUUAUGCGUCGAAAUUUACCGUUUAUGGCGGCCCGAGAGCGUAUCCAGCCUGGGCAAUAAGUAAAUAUCUGGAUUGGGCCAGCCCGAUGUGCUUUGAUUAUCACGGGUCAUGGGAAAAUUUCACUGGGCUGCAUGCUGCGUUGUAUGAUUCCAAGAGUAAUAUUAGUACCAGUUAUGGAAUCGGGUCAUGGAUCCAAGCCGGAGUACCGCCCAAUAAGCUCGUCAUGGGGUUGCCACUAUACGGGAGGACUUGGACGCUCAAGAACCCGAUCGUGAAUCGGGUUGGAGUGCCUGCUUUGGGUGUUGGGCCUGGGGAUGGCGUUUUGGUUUAUCACCAAAUACUAAAUUUUAACAAGAGAACUAAUGCAACUGUUGUAUUUGAUAGCAAAGCGGUGGCGUAUUAUUCUUAUUCGGGUAGCUCUUGGAUCGGGUAUGAUGAUGUCCGAUCCGUGAACAUAAAGGUCCGGUUUGCGAAGUCGCUAGGCUUGGGUGGAUACUUCUUUUGGGCUCUGGGUCAAGACAAAGACUGGACUAUAUCAAGCCAAGCUUCAAAUGCUUGGAAAUAUUGAAGGGAAAAUGGAAUAUCCACAACUCCACAUGUAGCCUACUAUCAUCUAUUUGGAUUUAUGUUGUAUGUUUAAUUAUCACAUUGUAGCAAGGCGUUGUGGCGCAGUCAAUCAAGGAUAUUUAUCUAUGCAUCCAAAAUUCUAUAUUCGCAAAACGAUUGAAAAGGUUUCAACUAUGUUUGCUUAUCAUGAUAUUCUUCAAACAUAACCAAGUUAGCUAGAGCGGAUGUGCUCUCCACUUAGCAUCCGAGUUCAAAUCACCCUCCCGUAGUUUAGAUUAGUUUAAAGUAGAAUAUCGC